AUAUUAACCGUUCAAAUCUCAGCGCUCUCUGUCUUCUCCUCUUCCCUUCUCUGCUUAAAUCUGUACCAAAACUCCAGCAAACGAUACAAUUUUGCUCUAACUAGCAUUUGAAAGCCCUAAUUAUGGUGAACGACAGUCAACAGCCGUCGACGUCGUCGCAAUUGUCGACGAAUGCGUUUUCUUUCCUGUCGAAAGGGUGGCGGGAAGUCCGCGACUCGGCGGAUGCCGACCUGCAGUUGAUGAGGGAUCGAGCUAACUCGUUCAAGAACCUCGCCUCGUCGUUUGAUAGGGAAAUCGAGAACUUCAUCAACAACUCGGCGAGGUCGGCUUUCUCGGUAAAUUCGCCCUCGCCUUCGUUCUCGGGAGAGAUAGACUUCGUGAAGAGGCUGCAGCCGAAGAUAUCGGAGUUUCGGAGGGUGUAUUCGGCGCCGGAGAUUAGCAGGAAGGUGUUAGAGAAGUGGGGGCCGGCUAGGACGAGCCUGGGGAUAGAUUUGUCAGCUAUAAGAAAGGCAAUAGUGGCGGAGGUGGAUGUGGAUGAGGAGGAUAGAAAUGCAAUUGUUGAGUUCGAGAGAGUUAGGAAGGGGAGGAGGAGGAGGAGGGGAAGGAUGGAGAGGGAAGGGGUAGAAGGGCAUUUUGGGGAUUGGGGGGAGCCCAUUAGGGCUUUGAAGACUAGGUUGAGAGAGUUAGAGAAGCGGAGCUCUUCGGAGAUUUUCAGUAUCAACGGAUUUAAGAGCAACGAGUUUGUUGAGAAAAUCAAGUCCAGUUGGAAAGCAUUUUAUAAGGAGGCUCAAGAGUCAAAGGAAGUACCUCCACUGGAUGUACCUGAACUUUUGGCAUGUUUGGUUAGACAGUCUGAACCGUUUUUAGAUCAACUUGGUGUAAGAAAAGGUAAGCACUUUUGUAUAUUUUUCCCUACUGACGCAGAUAUUGCUAUCCUAGAAGAACCUGAGCACCUGAACUGGUAUCAUCAUGGUAAACGCUGGACUGAUAAAUUCAACCAUGUUGUUGGCAUUGUCCACACAAAUUACUUGGAAUAUAUCAAGCGGGAGAAGAAUGGGGCCUUUCAAGCCUUCCUCGUGAAGCACAUAAAUAAUUGGGUCACAAGAGCAUACUGCCACAAGGUUCUUCGCCUUUCUGCUGCCACCCAAGAUUUGCCAAAGUCUGUGAUUUGCAAUGUUCAUGGUGUAAAUCCAAAGUUUCUGAAAAUUGGAGAGAAAAUCGCUGCAGAUAGAGAACUUGGGCAGCAAGCAUUCUCAAAAGGAGCAUAUUUCUUAGGCAAGAUGGUCUGGGCAAAGGGAUACAGGGAGUUGAUAGAUUUGUUGUCCAAGCACAAGAGUGAUCUUGAUGGAUUUAAGUUGGAUGUGUUUGGGAACGGAGAGGAUGCACAUGAAGUCCAAAGCAUGGCUAGAAAGUUGGAUCUGAAUCUCAAUUUUCUGAAGGGAAGGGACCAUGCUGAUGAUUCUCUUCAUGGGUACAAAGUCUUCAUAAAUCCCAGUGUUAGUGAUGUACUCUGCACGGCAACUGCUGAGGCACUUGCAAUGGGGAAAUUUGUUGUAUGUGCAGACCACCCAUCUAAUGAGUUCUUCAGGUCAUUUCCUAAUUGUUUGACAUACAAGACAUCUGAGGACUUUGUUGCCAAAGUGAAGGAAGCAUUGGCAAGUGAGCCUCAACCCCUGACUCCUGAGCAAAGAUAUAACCUUUCAUGGGAGGCUGCAACCCAAAGAUUCAUGGAAUAUUCUGAUCUUGAUAAAAUCUUAAAUGAUGAAAAAAAUAAUGCAAAUUUCAAUGAAUCUGGUGGAAAGAUGGUUAGAAAGUCAAUUUGCAUGCCUAGCCUAACAGAGAUGGUUGAUGGGGGUUUGGCAUUUGGACAUCACUGUCUGACAGGAAAUGAGUUCCUUAGACUGUGCACCGGAGCAAUACCUGGGACAAGGGACUAUGAUAAGCAGCACUGUAAGGACCUCCAUCUCUUGCCCCCACAGGUAGAAAAUCCUAUAUAUGGCUGGUAAGUGGAUAUAAAAAUCGGCACCAGCUAGCUCUUUGUAUAAACCAUGCAUUGUGUAUGUAGGAGUCUUCUUCCCAUAGUUACUUUCGAAGUUUUCUUUUUCUUGUUAUCAGUAAUGUAUUUUAUUGAAAUUUUUUUUUGCAUUUAUAGAUAGAGGAGAUAGUGAAAGUAUAUGUAGUGGAAAAGAACUGUACUUUUAAUUAGCUAUCGGGUUUAUAAAGAUGCCUGAUCAAGCUGAAGUAGGCUUUGAUGCAUUUUCUCUUGUUUUUGAUGUUCGUGGUUUCUGAAAAACUCAUUUGUCUGGAUAUUUGAUCUGUUUUCUCACCCUUAAAUAUAUGAAAUGUGAUGUUUACA